CAAAUAUAGCUGUAUUUGCAAAAUCUUGAAGGGUGAAUCAUUCGUGAUACAUGGUGCGGGCUUCGUUCGUGCCAAAAACGAAAGCCUUUCAAUUCCCAGAAAAUGUUCUCUCGUUCCCUUUCGGCUCUCUAGCCUUAUAAAUUAGCAGUGACAGAUCCUUGUCCUUUCCACGGAGUACUUUGGAUUUUGGAACCCUUGCAUCAAAAUAUCCUGUCCAAAGUCUUUCCAGAUCUGAAUCAUACCCCAAUAAACCAAUAACCGAAAACGCAAAAGUUAAGGAAGAUGGUGGGUUUUAGUUUGCAGCCUGUAUUAGACUUGUUGGUUGCUGGGAUUUCUUUGGUUAUUGGGAUGGGGAUUUUCGCCUUCAUUGCUUCCAUUCUGUGCUCUGCUGCUUUCUUGCACAAUGCCAGGCUCGCCCAUUAAUCCAAGCCACCGGCGAACUCAAGGAAGGGGUGGUUCAGGGAAAAGAAAAGGCAUAUCUUGGUGGGUAAGGAGCAUCUCCGGCUGGGGUCCAACUGGAUUGAAAUUUAUUAAGUGGAAUCGUGGGUUGUUGGCUAGAAGAUUAUUGAGAAGAGUAAAAAAAAAAAAAAGAUCCGUUUGGAGGAUUAUGAGCACAAUAAGAAUGUUAUUAGUUCUUGUUAACUGCUAUACUGAUAAAAAAAAAAAAAAAAAAGAUAGUUCUUAUUAGGUGAUCAAUUGGCAAAUUGACUUCAAAAAGAUGUUAGAAGUUCUUUAAACCUUUAAAUUGGGUAGUAAAUUUUCAUUUGGUCUAAGAAUGUUUUGUACUACUUAGAUUACUUCUCUGUUUAGCUGUUUUUUACAGGCCCUCUUGUAUAAAUUAGAUUAUCACUGUGAUAUGUUGAGUGCACUCUAAUUCAAAUUACGUUUGAGUGUCCAUGAAACCUAAAUAUAAAUAUUCUUUCCGUUUUAGAAGCUAUAAGAUCGAUGUUAGGAGAAUCCAAGUUUAUAUUUUCAGUAUGUUGGUUGUAAAUAGGUUUACUUGAAAUUGAUUUGCACUGACUUCAUGAUCAGCAGAGCAGACUCUGCAUUUAUUCAGAAGGCCUGCCUUUGAGGCUGCUCCGUUGAUGUUUCUUGUCUAUUUGUUCUUGCGAUGUUGUAGCUAUGUGCCAUGCUGUAAAUCAUUGUGAAAAGCUGUGAUCAGUCACUGGUAUGCUUGAUAUAUGAUUUCUGACUGUUCUACUGGGAAAAUGUAUUCCACAAAAGGUUUCAAGUCAAACUGGAAUGUAAUGUCUCCAUUUGAUGAUUACUUCCUUCCGAUUUUUACCUA